AAGAAUUAGGUGAUACGGUCACGGGGAUCAUGACUUCACCUGAAAUUUCCCUCUAUAUGAGAAUGGGUCAACUUGAGAAAGUCCCUGGUGUUUUGGCACAAAUGAAAGAGGAUGGGGUUUCUCCUGAAAUUUCCAACUACAGUAUUUGUUUAAACUCUUUUGGUGCGAGAUCUGACCUUGUGAAUAUGGAGAAAAUGUUGAAGGAAAUGGAAAGUCAAACCCACAUUGUCACAAAUUGGAUGACAUAUGCUAUGGUGGCUAACUUCUAUAUAAAAGCAGGCCUGAAGGAGAAAGCUCUGAUCUACCUGAAUAAGUGUGAGGAUAAGGUAGACAAACGCAAUACGAUUGCCUACAAUUAUCUGAUUUCACACUAUGCAAGUCUUGGGAACAAAAAAGCCAUGUUGAGACUUUGGAAACUCCAGAAAGCCAAUUGUAAGAAGCAAUUUAACAAGGAAUAUAUAACCAUGUUGGGUUCUCUGGUGAAGCUUGGGGACCUUGAUGAAGCUGAAAAAUUACUUGAUGAGUGGGAGUUAUCGAGUAACACUUGUGAUUUCAGAGUGCCAAGCAUCCUCCUGAUUGGGUAUUCCCAGAGGGGAUUGAUUGAAAAGGCAGAAACAAUGCUCCGUAGCAUGGUAGAGAAAGGGAAGACUCCUACUUCCAACAGUUGGGGUAUCAUUGCAUCUGGAUAUGUGGCCAAGGAAAACAUGGAGAAGGCAUUUCAGUGCAUGCAAGAAGCUGCGGCUGUUCAAGCCAAACAUAAUAAACGUUGGAAACCAGAAGCUAAUGUCAUUUGCAGCAUAUUGAGUUGGGCUACUAUUAACAGAGAUAUAGAAGAAGUAGAAGAUUUUGUCAAUUCAUUAAAGACUGUGAUUACAAUUAAUAGGGACACGUAUCUGUCCUUGAUCAAGAUAUAUGUUAGAUGUGGGAAGGAAGUAGAUUGGAUUUUAAAGAGUAUGAAAGCGGAUAAUAUAGAGCUCGAUGAAGAGAUAGAGGAAAUUCUUAACUUAAGAUUUCCAUAACAUUCGUUUUUCCUCCCUCCAGGUUUUUAUCUUUCAACCAUUUUUGUGUUCAAAUUUUAUUUUAUUUUUUUAUACAAUGGUGGCCCUGACAU